AUGGCUCACCCUCCCCGUCCGAUUCUCCCCGCUGGGUUCUCGCGACGUCGAAGUUCUGGUGUUCACGCCAACGAAGACUCCAACAUGUAUGAGGACUCAUUCUCUGAGAUCCCUGAUGCUGUCUUGGAGGCAGCGACGCCGCGAGCUCCCCGAACCACCCUCUUCCCCGCCUCUGCCGACGGCCAAUCCGAGAAGUUGUACGGCUCGCAUCAAAAGGCAGCCUCAGUAGCGAGCAAUGCGCCCGACACCGUCCGCUCCGAUACUAGUCGCCUGCUUACUCCCGACGAAACCCCUCGCCCAAUGACGUCACCCCCUGGGCCUGAACUCUUCACCUCAACUUCCCCGCUCAUUGACGCAAACUUCUCGAAGCCUACUGUGACGACGGAACGGGAACGCCGCACUGCUAUGUCGCCGAUCGUUAGAGCCGGCCUCGCCUUGCAGAGCGUCACCUCGGACCAUUCUUCUCCCGCCGGACGUAGGAGUGUUUUAGGUAGCCCUUUCAAGGGGUCAGCCAAGAGUAGCCGUGACAGCUCCGUCGCCCCGGCCAGCGAGCACAAGUCAGCUGCCAAGCCUUCCCCUCAGCUCCCCGCUCACAUGGACGACCCCUUUGGCCCGAGCCGUAGCCACAAUGGUCAGUCUUCCUUUAUGAAGGCUCUCAACAACAGCAGCCGCCGGUCCAGCCUCAAUCAGCGCGGGCCUGCUCGACCAUCCCUGUUUGAUACGACACGGGCGGUGGUGGAUGACGCGGAUGAGAUGAGCUGGAUCGCCGAACCAACCAUUGAGGCACCCCUGCCCAUGUUGGCCGCAGCGUCUCGAAGCUCUAGCGUGGCUGGCACUGUCGGUUCUGUCGAUGGUGUAGAGGAGCAAGCCGCGAUUGAACCGAGCGUGGACGGCUCAGCUGCCGGACAGGAGGGCGACGAAACCGAGGAUGAUAUCUGGAUGAUGGAGGAUGAGCAAAGGAGUGCUGUGCCUCAACCCACGCGCCAAGAUUCCUUGGGCUCCCAGGAGAUCACUGGCACCCGGGGUCUUCGCCGUACAGAACUCCCCAACACGUGGAGGCAGAGCGCCUUUGGCCGUUCUAUCGCCACCCGCCCUCCGACUAGACAGAUGGGAGGCCAGGAGGGCCACAGCCUUGUGGAAGACUAUUCCUUGCUGUCCCAGCGCAGCAAGAAAGCAGAGGCUGCUUCGUCCGCAGUAGAUGAAGGCCAAAAGCGGGCUGCUCUCAACCUCUCAGACUUCUUUUCCUCCCCCGCCGUCCUCCCGCCCCGCCCUGGUUUCGAGGACGCCCGAGUCAGACAGAUUAUUCCGAACCAAGGCGCAGGUGCUUCGAAGCCCUCCAACAAUGGGUCCAUGACCACGCAGCUGACUAACUCGCUAUUCCCAUCCGUGCCUCAAAAGGAGUUCCAACCCAGUCCGGUUCGAAAGCGAAGCCUCUUUACGUCUUCUGUCCAGUCCUCCAGGCCCUCGGAGCCCAGUGACACAGAAAUCCAGGCGACCUCGUCGCCGUCUGUCCGCUCCGAAUUAGCUCAACCCUCUAGCGUCCCUCAAAAGGCUAACUUUACACCACGCCGCCGUGACGCCAAGAGGACGCUGGAGGCUGCAGCCCCUACACAAUCCAGCGUGGGAUCAACCGUCGGGUUGUUCUCGAGGCGCAGAGAGCCCGAGGAGCCAGCACCAACGAGCACAGUUUCUGCAAAGUCGUCGGACGCACAGCUCAACAUAGCUCCUCCUUCAUUCAACCUCUUCUCCAAGCCAGCACAAGCCAUGGCUAAACUUCAGGGUAGUGCUCCACGCACUGCUACCGCGCCGCCUCGCUCACCCGAGCGAUACCCUCUCCAUAAGACAAUGUCCCCCACCAAGUCCUGUCUCCGGUCUCCCUUGAAACCAAAGACCCCCGGUCGUGUUGUGGAGUGGGCAAGCAGCGUCCUAUCCCCUCUGCAACAGGCGGAAAUCAGGACCCAGAACCAGAACCAGCAGCCGGUUCUGAAGCAGCCGGUCUUGAAGCAGCCUCAGGUCCAGCAACACAGCAUCGUUCCGACUGUGCAGUUGCAGCCCCCAAGCCUAGCUUCAUCACACACUCCUUUGAUGAUGACAAGGAGAACAGCGACGCGCUACGACCGAGUCUCUCGUUUCUUCUUCCCCGAGAGAAAGCAGUCGUCCCCUAGCAAGAUGGAAGUCGUGGCCAACAACCCGUUCCCCACCCACCUCUCGCAAGCGACGUGGAGCCGCGACCACUGGGUAUACCUUGAUGGGCUGCUCCAAUAUCGCCGCGAGCAGCCUUUCCCCAAGGACGUCAUCCUCCCUGAGGUCAGGGGCAUGUGCCGUGAAUUGCUAGGCAAACGCCUCCGGUCGCGCGAGGCAUUCAUGCCGCUCCAGCAGUGGCACCUUGAUGUUAUCGAGGCUUUCCACUCCCAAGUUGGCGGUUGGAGCAAGAAUGACCUCUCGACUAGAAUCUUCUCUCUCCUCCUCGGUGAGAAGCUUGCGGCAGAAGGGCGAAGGGAAGAGGGCGGCGUGAUGAUGCCUGCGUGA